CUGAAGAAAUUCUGUUUACCAGAAGUUUUUUUAUCCCUGGCUGCACUUGAAUCUCGAUAAUGAAGAAAAGCAGAAGUGUCAUGACAGUGACUGCAGAUGAGAACUCCCUGGAUUACCUGGAAUGUGGGCUCAGCAAAUCCUUCAGCACCUCCAGCCACACCCUGGGCAUUGACCUGUGGAGAGGCCGCAGGUGCUGCUCGGGGAACCUGCAGCUGCCACCGCUGGCCCAGCGGCAGACGGAGCGGGCCAGGACCCCCGAGAGGGACACGGUGUGCAGACCCACCACCCUGCCCCUGCUGCCCCCUCCCAGCAUCGCCAUCACCACCUACCACGACUGGUGAGCCUCCUUUCAUUCUGCUUUUAGUCAUUCAUUCCUUGCUUUGUUCCUUUUCUGGUUUCAAAUUGGGGUUUUCUCCUUCUUUUUUGUAUUAUAAACACAUCUAAUUAGCUUCUCUUUGAUUAAUCAUCCUCUAGCAGUUGUUG